UUAUUUUUCAAUAAUCUUUUUUCUGACAGAGGAGCUUACUUGCUGGUUCGGUUUCUCUUUGCCUCUUUGGGUUGUAAAUUUCUAGGGUAUAUACAUACCUUGCGGAUCGGGUGUGGCAAAGUACCCACAACCACACCACAAUUCGAAGUCUGUUUCGGACGGCCAUCGGGGUAGUUGAAGAAUAUGAAGAUUUUUGUAAAGACUCUCAAGGGUACUCAUUUCGAAAUCCAAGUGAAGCCUGAUGACACGGUUGCUGAUGUGAAGAAAAAUAUAGAAACAACUCAAGGUUCAGACUUAUAUCCUGCAUCUCAGCAGAUGCUUAUCCACCAAGGGAAAGUCCUUAAGGAUGGAACAACAUUGGAUGAGAACAAAGUUGCAGAAAAUAGCUUUGUUGUGAUAAUGUUGACCAAGAGUAAAAGCUCGGCUGGUGAGGGUUCAACUACAUCAAGUACACCAGCUAAGAUUCCACAACCAAAUGCUCCUUCUCCUGCUCCGUCGAGAACUCCUGUAGCAACUGCGGCACCCCCUGCUCCUGCUCCUGCUCCUGCUCCUGCUCCUGCUCUUGCACCUGCUCCUGCUCCUGCUCCUGCACCUGCUCCUGCUCUUGCACCUGCUCCUGCUCUUGCACCUGCUCCUGCUGCUCCUGAUACUACUGCCUCAGUUAGUGUAGCCUCAGAUUCUGAUACCUAUGGUCAAGCAGCAUCUAAUCUUCUUGCUGGAAACAACUUAGAGGGAGCAAUUCAGCAAAUCCUGGAUAUUGGUGGAGGAACUUGGGAUAGGGACACCGUUGUUCGAGCUCUUCGUGCUGCUUUCAACAAUCCAGAGAGAGCUAUUGAAUAUCUAUAUUCUGGUAUUCCUGAACAAGCUGAAGUUCCACCUGUGGCCCGGGUCCCUACAAGUGCACAGGCAGCCCUUCCAGUUCAACCUCCGCAGUCAGCACAACCAACAGCUGUUCCAUCAAGUGGUCCUAAUGCCAAUCCUUUAGAUCUCUUUCCCCAGGGACUUCCCAACAUGGGCGCAGGUGCUGCUGGUGCAGGUACCCUUGAUUUCCUUCGCAACAGUCAACAGUUCCAAGCAUUGCGAGCUAUGGUACAAGCUAAUCCACAAAUAUUGCAGCCAAUGCUUCAAGAGCUAGGGAAACAAAAUCCUAACCUUAUGAGGCUAAUUCAAGACCAUCAGGCUGACUUCCUUCGCCUGAUCAAUGAACCUGUGGAAGGUGGAGAGGGGAAUGUGCUUGGUCAGAUGGCUGCAGCAAUGCCACAGGCAGUAACUGUCACCCCUGAGGAGCGUGAAGCUAUUGAGCGUCUUGAAGCAAUGGGAUUUGAUCGAGCAAUUGUUUUGGAGGUGUAUUUUGCCUGCAACAAGAAUGAGGAACUGGCUGCCAACUACCUUUUAGAUCACAUGCAUGAGUUUGAGGACUGAUCCAAGGAAAAGAAAUGGUUCAUUCUCUCUUUCCUCUCCUCCCUUUGAAGAAAAAGUUCGACAGUAAUUUAUUCUUAUUUUUGUCUUUUUUCCUUCCCUUCGUUCUUACAACUUUUUAAUGUGCAUCUUUCUUCCUCCUUAACCUUGUUAGUUUGAAGUCCUACUGUUGUGGAGCGUCUGGAGUGUCAAGAUGUGUCUUUUCUCUACCGCCUCUGGUUUUCUUUUAGUUUGUUCUGUUAGGAUUCUUUCAAAUAUUGAUAAUAUAUAUAUAUAUAUAUAGUCAUAUUUAUUCA